GCCCUGGUUCUCCGAAAGACCCCCAGCCCGGCAAGGCGCGGACAAGGCGAUCCCCAUGGGCAACACCCCCAGCCGGAAGGCGCUGGACAAGGCGAUCGGCGCGCUGCCCGAGUCGGAGCACUACUUUGGCCUCGAAAACUUUGGCAACACGUGCUACUGCAACUCGGUGCUGCAGGCGCUGUACUACUGCGGCCCGUUCCGCCAGCGCUGCCUGGAGCACCACGCGGUCGCGGCGAGCAGCGGCGAGGACGACCUCCUCGCCUGCCUCUGCGACCUGUUCCGCGCCAUCUCCUCGCAGAAGCGCCGAUGCGGCGUGCACGCGCCACGCCGUUUCGUCGCAAAGCUGCGAGGCGUGAACGAGCUCUUCAACAACCAGAUGCACCAGGACGCGCACGAGUUCCUCAACUACCUCCUCAACGAGUCGGCGGAGCUGCUCGAGAAGCGGCAGAAGCGCGAGGCGAUGAGGCAGAAGGACGGCGCGGCGGGCGAGGCGGGCGGCGCGGCGCGCGGCGGGGCGGAGGCGGGCGGCACCUCGGAGGGGGGCGGCGGGCCGUCGGCGGCGGCGGAGGGCGGUGAGGUGGUGCGGCCGGGCGGCGCGGACGGCGAGGCGGGCGGCGCGGCGGCGGGCGGCGACGAGGACGAGGGCAAGGAGGGGGAGGGAGGCGCGUACGUUCCAAAGACGUGGGUGCACUCCAUCUUCGAGGGCGUGCUCACGAGCGAGACGCGCUGCAUGUGCUGCGAGGCGCUCACGACGCGCGACGAGCGGUUCCUCGACCUCUCGCUCGAGAUCGAGCAAAACUCGUCCGUCUCGGCCUGCAUGCGCAACUUCUCGUCGUCGGAGCCGCUGCGCGGCGACAACAAGUUCUUUUGCGACACGUGCUGCUCGCUGCAGGAGGCCAAGCGCUGCAUGCGGGUCAAGCGGCUGCCAAACGUGCUCGCGCUGCACCUGAAGCGCUUCAAGUACGUGGAGCAGCUGCAGCGCUUCAAGAAGCUGUCGUACCGGAUCGCCUUCCCCCUCGAGCUCAAGCUGACCAACACGGCAGAGACGGCGGCGGAGCCGGACCGAAAGUACUCGCUCUUCGCCGUCGUCGUGCACGUCGGUGCGGGGCCGUCGCACGGCCACUACAUCUGCCUCGUCCGCUCGCACAAGCACUGGCUCCUCUUCGACGACGACACCGUCGACCUCGUCGAGGAGGGGUCGCUCCAGUCGUGCUUCGGGUCCGCGCUCGAGUCGGCCGGCUCCACAGAGACCGGCUACAUCCUCUUCUACCAGGCCGACGACGCCUGGAGCGCCGCGCCGUCCGAGGAGGGCGAGGCCUCACCCUCCGCCGCAGCCUCGCCUGCCACGUCGCCCGGGCAGAAGAGUAACUCGUCGCCCUCGAGCCCCUCCUCCAUACCGCGCUGGCAAGGGGCGUCGACAGCGGCUUCCGCGUCGCGCGGCGUGCCGAGCUGCACAGCCAAACACUGAUGGGGCCGGGGGCGUGUGCUUCGUUUGAGCGUCUUUGUGUUGAGCUGGAAUACACGCGCGCCGAAAGGGCGUCCUCUC